UGAGUUUCUAAAAAACACCCCAGACGACCAAGCUUUCAUUCUUCCAGAUUGAGCCUUUGGAGCCUGGCUGAACUCGAUUGAAAAGACACAGCCGUCCAUUACAUGAGCACCAAGUUUACAAGGGCGUCAACACAUAUAAGUCGACGAGCUUGCGGAGCCGCACUUACAUCUCGGAUUCGGCCAUUUUACCCCCCAACGCGACAUUCAGCCCUCAAAGCUCGUUUUAACACAGCUUCUCGCCUCCACCUGCCCCAGCCCACAGCUCCAAAAAUGGCGGCCAUCGAUAAGUACGCCUCCCCGGGCUUCACCUCGCUGGUGGUGGAUGCCAUGCGCAAGCAUUACCCCGAGGAGCUCGCUGAUAGAAGAUGGGACAAUGUCGGCCUUCUACUUGGCAACAUCGAGGUCCUCGAGACGCGUGUGGCCAAGAACCCAGUCGUACUCCUCACCAACGACCUCACCUACGCCGUCGCUGAGGAAGCCAUCCAGAAGAACGCCAGCGUCAUUGUGAGCUACCACCCCUUCAUCUUCUCCGGCCUGAAGUCCAUCACAACAAAGGACCCGCAGCAAGCAACCCUCCUGCUCCUCGCCGCCAACGGCAUCGCAGUCUACUGUCCCCACACCGCCGUCGAUGCCGCGCCUAACGGCCUCAACAGCUGGCUCGGCGACAUCGUCUCCGACGGCCCCGCUUCCUCGUCCACGGCCACUCCCACCACCCGCACCGUCAUUAACCCGCUCUCGUCCCCGGCGCCCGCAGGCUUCGAGGGCUCGGGCUACGGUCUUCUCUGCACUUUCCACCAGCCGGAAUCCCUCGCCGACAUCAUCUGCCGUGUUGCCUCGCGCGUCGGCAUGCGCCGCGUCAUGGUCGCCUCUCCGGACCCGGCUCGCCUCUCGACGGUGCGCGUCGGCGCCGUGGCCGUGUGCGCGGGUAGUGGGUGGGACGUCGUCAAGAACGCCGCGGCAGAGGUGAUUGUGACGGGCGAGAUGACCCACCACAACGCGCUUAAAGCCGUACAGGAAGGCAAGACGGUCAUCACGGUGUUCCACAGCAACUCGGAAAGAGGGUACCUCACGGAGGUGAUGAAGCCGCUGUUGGAGGGAGAGCUGAAGGGCAAGGAGGCCGGUGUUCAAGUCCUCGUCAGUGAGGCCGAUCGAGAUCCCUUUAACAUUGUGGACAUCUCUGAGUUAUAAGUUCAAAGACUUGGAGACCGCUCACGAAAUAUCUCCCGAAAAAAAGGCUGGCAUGCCGCUGAAGACACGCCCUAGCCAGUAAUCUUUAAGCGAACUAGAUGAAAAAAAAAAAGAAACCCGUCUCAAUGGGUUGAAUCAUUCCUGGCUCCUUUUGCGUGCCUUUCGAAAAGUUCAAGGUUAUAAUCAGGCCUUGUCUGGACCUCAUGCAUGACGAUAGGCAGUACGUUCCU